AUCAGAUCAGGAUUAUUGGGGAUGUUUAUUAUUAACCCUUAAGGACACGAUGUAUAUUUACAUUCUGUGCCCCAUAUGGGACUUUGAGGUUUCUCCAAUCCAGGAUCCUCUGCUGAUAUCUUCUAUAUAAGAGAAAUCUCCUGGAUGACCCAUCAACCAUGGAGAGAGACAGGAACAAGAUGGCCGACAGGAUCAUAAACCUCACCCUACAGAUACUCUUCCGGCUUACUGGAGAGGAUUACACAGUAGUGAAGAAGUCCUCUAGUGGGCGCUGUCGGGCCCCUGUGUGUGAAGGAUGGGGAAGAACCCUGAGCCCAAUCCCGGGGCCCCCACCUCACUCCCUGAUACAUGAGGAAAUGGAUGAACAGAAGAUCCUAGAACUCAUCAACAAGAUGAUGGAGCUGCUGACUGGAGAGGUUCCUAUAAGGUGUCAGGACGUGGCGGUCUAUUUCUCCAUGGAGGAGUGGGAGUAUGUAGAAGGACACAAGGAUCAGUACAAGGAUCAGGUCAUGAUGGAGGAUCAGCAGCCCCUCACAUCACCAGUCAGAUCCAGUAAGAGAACAGCACCAGAGAGGUGUCCCCGUCCUCUUCUUCCACAGGAUGAUCAGGGUGAAGAUCUGAACAAUAUUAAUGCUCCAGAGACAGAUGUGAGCGGGGAUGAGCAGUAUAGGGAGGACAUUCCAACAGGGAAAGAUCUGAACAAUAUUAAGGCUACAGAUAUGAAGGAAGAAGAGACAGAUGUGAGCUGUGAUGAGCAGUAUAAGGAGGACAUUCUGACAGGAAAAGAUCUGAACAAUAUUAAUGCUACAGAUAUGAAGGAAGAAGAAGAGACAGAUGUGAGCGGUAAUGAGCAGUAUAAGGAGGACAUUUCAACAGGAAAAGAUUUGAACAAUAUUAAGGCUACAGAUAUGAAGGAAGAAGAGACAUAUGUAAGCUGUGAUGAGCAGUAUAAGGAGGACAUUCUGACAGGAAAAGAUCUGAACAAUAUUAAUGCGACAGAUAUGAAGGAAGAAGAGACAGAUGUGAGCGGUGAUGAGCAGUAUAAGGAGGACAUUCCUACAGGGAAAGAUCUGAACAAGAUUAAUGCUACAGAUAGGGAGGAAGAAGAAGAGACAGAUGUGAGUGGUGAUGAGCAGUAUAAGGAGGACGUUCCUACAGGUAACCGCCCAGAUUCUUGUACCAGGAGAUCAGAGGAGAAUCUUAUAUCUUCAGAUUAUAAAGCAGAUGAUGAUAUCACACAAGAUACAUAUGAAGAACAUUCCAUUAUCCCAGAUACACCCUCAGCCCUUCACAGCCAAGAUCUGUCAUCUCAUCCUUAUAUACAGGUCCUGUCUUCUCAGUCAUCACAGGAUGUUCAGCAAAAUAAAGGUCACAGAAGGGGUGUUGGACAUCACCGAGCUCAUACAGGAAAGAAACCAUAUUCAUGCUCAGAAUGUGGGAAAUGUUUUACUCAGAAAUCAGGUAUUGUUACACAUCAGAGAUAUCACACAGAAGAGAAGCCAUUUUCAUGUUCAGAAUGUGGAAAAUGUUUUACUAAGAAAUCAGAUCUUGUAGUACAUCACAGAACUCACACAGGGGAGAAGCCAUUUUCAUGUCCAGAAUGUGGGAAAUGUUUUAUUACGAAAUCACAUCUUGUUAGGCAUCAAAGAACUCACAAAGGCAAGAAGCCAUUUUUAUGUACAGAAUGUGGAAAAGGUUUUACUAAGAAAUCAGAUCUUGUAAUACAUCACAGAACUCACACAAUAAAGAAGCCAUUUUCAUGUUCAGAAUGUGGAAAAUGUUUUAAUAAGAAAUCACAUCUUGUUGAACAUCACAGAACUCACACAGGAGAGAAGCCAUUUUUAUGUUCAGAAUGUGGGAAAUGUUUUACUCAGCAAUCACAUCUUUUUAGGCAUCAAAGAACUCACACAGGAUGGAAGCCAUUUUCAUGUACAGAAUGUGAAAAAUGUUUUACUAAGAAAUCACAUCUUAUAGUACAUCAAAGAACUCACACAAGGAAGAAGCCCUUUUCAUGUUCAGAAUGUGGAAAAUGUUUUAAUAAGAAAUCACAUCUUGUUGAACAUCACAGAACUCACACAGGGGAGAAGCCAUUUUUAUGUUCAGAAUGUGGGAAAUGUUUUACUCAGCAACCACAUCUUGUUAGGCAUCAAAGAACUCACACAGGAGGGAAGCCAUUUUCAUGUACAGAAUGUGGAAAAUGUUUUACUAAGAAAUCACAUCUUGUAGUACAUCAAAGAACUCACACAAGGAAGAAGCCCUUUUCAUGUUCAGAAUGUGGAAAAUGUUUUACUAAGAAAUCAAAUCUUGUUGAACAUCACAGAACUCACACAGGGGAGAAGCCAUUUUCAUGUCCAGAAUGUGGGAAAUGUUUUGCUAAGAAAUCAGAUCUUGUUAGGCAUCAAAGAACUCACAAAGGCAAGAAGCCAUUUUCAUCACAGACUAUUAACCUCUUAAGGACUGAGUGCGUAUCCAUACACCCCCGUUUUAAAGUCCUUAAGGACUGAGGGCGUAUAGAUACGCUCGUGGGAAUUCCGGUCCCCGACGCUCGCCGGGCGGGGACCGGACUGGGAUGCCUGCUGAUAUCGUUCAGCAGGCAUCCCGGCAUAUUGCCCAGGGGGGUCCUGAGACCACCCCCCCAUGUCAGUGAUCAUGGCAAAUGGCAGAUCAAUUCAGAUUGUCCAUUUGCCGCUGAUCAGGUCUCUGAUGACCCGAUCGCCCGGAAAAUAGGGAUGAUCGGAGCUGUCAGUGACAGCCCCGAUCAUCCUAAGGGAUAGGAGCGCGGUUGCAGUGGUGCCACCCCCUCCUAUCUCCUGCCAUUAGUCAGCAAUGACUACUGACCAGUGGCAGUUGAAGACAGGGGGUUACCAUGGAAAUCCCCCGCUCUGCCCACCCCUGGAUGUCGGGCAGAGCGGGGGGAGAAGAUGGCGGCCGGUACCUGGGGACUUUCAUGCGGUGGGGACCGGCGAUCAUCGGUGGCAUCAUUGGAGAUCAGCGGUGGAGGUAGGGAGGCGACGGCGUGGAGCAUCAAGGAAGGUGGCAGGAAAGCGAUAUUUACUGCUGCCUUCUAGUGGUCUAGUGGAGUUUUGCAACAUCUAGAGGUCACAGUUUGGACACCACUAUACAGUGGUGCCCAAAUGGUAGCCCUCCUGAUGUUGCAAAACUACAACUCUCAGCAUGCAUGUAUUUCUCUCUUCACAUACACCAAAAAGCUACGCCAGGUCUGGGAUGGUGUCGUUUUAGACACUUUUCAGUGGCUUGCCGCCUUUUUUGCGCCUUUUUACAAAAACUUUUUAUACAGAAAGUUCAUAAAUUUCAGUCCACGGCAUACGCUGAAUUGAAAAGCAUGUACUGCUACUCCAAAACAUCUGGAAUGACUAAAAUAUUCUACCACCAAAAGGCGCAAAAUAACAUACAGUGCGCCAAAAUAGCGCCUUUUGUACGGAGAAAAAAAGGUGUAAACUCAUUGAUAAAUGUCGGCCAGAGUAUUUGUGAAUCAAUAUAUCAUUUAUUUGGAAAAUCCAUUUUCCUUACAAGCAGAGAGUUUC